AUGAACCUGGUCCGAGACCACGACAUCAUUCUCCUCACUGAAACAUGGCUCAAACCAGAGGAGCCAUUCUAUAUCAACAAUUACAAUAUUAUAAGGAAGGAUCGACAAGACAGCAACGGCGGAGGCCUAGCAAUCGCCGUUAAAACAAACAUAAGCUUUGAAGUCCUAAGUGACUUCCUCGAAAUUGAAGACCAAAUUGACACUCUGGCUAUAAAAAUCAACACGAAUCAAGGCCCAAUUAUAUUUGCAACUACAAAUAUCGACUGGAAAGCCUUUGAAGACAUUCUUACUCAAAAAGCAGAAGCUAAUAGUGCUCUAGCCGAACCAACCACAGAAGCAUAUGAUGAAUUUAUUAAGAUAAUCAAAGACCCUCUUCUAGAAGCCACAAAGCCAGGGAACAAGGCACAUAACAACAGUGGCAAGCAAAACCAUACACAACCACAAAGAGACAAUUCCGCCGUCAGAAAAAUCCGCACUCCAGCACCUUGGUGGAAUGACGACUGCGCAGCAGUCCUAGAAGAGAGGAAAGCAGCACUCCAAAUCAUGAAGCGGCAAUUAACCGUAGAAAGCUACGCGAAGUAUAAGCAGGCUGAAGCAAAAGCUAAACAAACAUUCUAUCAAACUAAAAAAAAAGCCUGGCAAGAAUUCACUGAAACGCUCAACGGCACCACCCCAAUAUCGGUGAUCUGGAAAAAAUUCAAGGCCUUUAAAAAUCGAAGACUUACCUCACCGCACGCACUCCCAAGACAAGAACUCUCGGCUGAGCCAAAAAAGCAAGAUUUUAUCAAAACGUACUCUCUACCAGCCACUGACGACUUUCCCGAAACACCCAUCACGUUAACAGAGCUGAACUCUGCCAUCAACCGCAGCAAAUCUGGAUCAAGCCCAGGGCUGGAUCAAAUCAGCCACGAAAUUAUAAAGCGAUUGCCAGAGAGUCUAAAAACACGUCUCCUCGACUACUACAACAACUUUAUCAAACGAAGCAAGUAUCCAUUGGCCUGGACAGAGCACCUGGUUUACCUUCUACCCAAAGGAGACACAGGUAAAUUCAGACCUAUCACUCUUGCACCUUGUUUCCUCAAGGUGAUGGAGAAGAUAGUAGUUGAUCGUACCACAUGGUGGCUAGAACACAAUAAUAAGAUUCCAGACACACAAUUUGGCUUCAGAACGGGUAAGAGCACCGCGGACAACCUAGCGGUCGUUGUUGGGGACAUAUACACCGGACUAGCUGCAGGCGAAUUCAUCAUCACCGCAUUCUUGGACAUUAAAGGAGCUUUUGACCACGUUAACCCAGACAUACUAUUACAGAUCCUAGUAAACACUGGCAUUCCUACUGCGUACUGUCUCUUCUUUUACUACCUAAUCAAGCAACGCAAACUCUACUUCGUCACUAAUAAUGGCUUAACAGAACCACAGCUGGUUAACUCUGGAGCGGGCCAAGGACUAGUUUCAGCCCCUCUAUUAUUCACUCUAUACACAGCGGAUGGUGGAAAACACAUCCAUAGCUCCAGCAAAAUCGCAGAAUUUGCCGAUGACAAGGCAAUCAGAUGUAGGAAUAAAAAUUUACAAUACGCAAUCGACGCUCUACAGGCCUCUCUUGACAGCUACAGCGCGUAUCUAGAAAAAUUAAACCUCCAGCUCUCACCUGAAAAAACAAAAAUAAUCAUUUUCACUCAUAAUGAUUAUAAUCCUCGAGAUAUCUCAUUCACUAUAAAAGAUGUGACAGUCAAGCCAACAACCUCUGCAAAGUUUCUAGGGAUCACCCUUGACCAAAAGUUGACAUUCGAAGACCACUACUCUAACAUCCUAACGAAGAUCAACAAAGUCUUUCCACUCAUCAAAUCACUGUGCGGAACCAAAUGGGGGGCUGCCCCAGCAACUCUUCUCAAUAUUUAUAGAGCAUUGAUUAGAACUAAAAUAGAGUAUGGAAGUCACAUAAUGAACGCUAUCUCCAGCAAACUAUUCAGCAAACUGGAGAAAGUACAGAACAAAGCCAUAAGAACGAGCAUGGGACUCCGAAUAUCAACUCCAAUCAAUUCCAUGAUGGCGGAAGGCGGAGAAAUCCCACUAAAAAUCCGGCUCAAGGACCUCUCGGACCGCUACACUCUGAAAUCUUUGAGCACCACCAACAAUCCCGUCAUAAACACACUCCGAACCCUAGACGAGUGUCUAACUCAAAACAAGUCCAAACAAUACAUAUACAAAAGAUUUCCAGCAAUCAGUUCGUACCACGACACCAUUCCGCAGCAUGACAUCAUCUAUCAAAGCAUAGCACAUCCCCGAUACACACACACAUACUCCAUCUUCCAACAUCCUCUGAAUAUUGACCUCACCAACGUAGCAACGUUGACAAACAUGUCACAAAGAGAUACAAUUGAAACAUUUGAGAAAAUGACUAACGAAAAAUACAAAAAUCUAACGCAGGUCUAUACGGACGCCUCUAAAAGCCCUGACGAGCCCCAUGUUGGAGUAGCAAUAUACAAUGCCACUCUCAAUACUCAACUAACCUUUAAAAUCAACCAACAAGCUUCAGCAACGACGGCAGAAGCACUAGCCAUCCUCAAGGCGGUCGAAGUGGCACUUGAGAUGCAAGAAGGAACAAUUCGUGCUUUUGAAUUCCCAUCUAUAAAAAAAAAAAAACAUAUUAUAAUCCAGAUGGUUGAUUGA